AUGCCAAGCAGCCAGACAGACGAAGUGGAACUUAGACACUGUGGCACUUGGGACAUCUUAUUCCUUCUUUUUUUUCCUCUGGCAACAAAUCUUUUUGAUUUUACAUCGUUUCUCCCCUCCAUUUUAUUAAAUAUAAACGAUUUUCUUUCUUUCUUUCUUUCUUUCUUUCUUUCUUUCUUUCUUUCUUUCUUUCAUAAUCUACACUUUCUUUGUCCUCUCUUUUCCCUUUCCCCAUCUUACCUUUCUCGCUUUUUAUUCCUCUUUUCUUUCUUUCUUUCUUUCUUUCUUUCUUUCUUUCUUUCUUUCUUUCUUUCUUUCUUUCAUAAUCUACACUUUCUUUGUCCUCUCUUUUCCCUUUCCCCAUCUUACCUUUCUCGCUUUUUAUUCCUCUUGCCUCUUUUCUUUCUUUCUUUCUUUCUUUCUUUCUUUCUUUCUUUCUUUCUUUCUUAUCAUUUCACUUUUGUCAUCUUUCUUUUCUCACUUUUUAUUCCUCAUCCCUCUUUUCUUUCUUUCUCUGUUUUUCUUUAUUUUCUUUCCUCUUUUCUUUCUUUGUUCUUUUUCUUUUAUCUUUUUUGCCAUUUUUGCUUUCUCACUUUUUAUUCUUUCCUUUCUUCCUUCUUUCCUUUCUUUCUUUCCUUCUUUCUUUCUUCCCGCUUUUUAAGUUUUACUCUUUUCUUUAUUUAUCGCUUUUUAUUUAUUUUCUUUCUUUCUUUCUUUCUUUCUUUCUUUCUUUCUUUCUUUCUUUCUUUCUUUCUUUCCCUGCGAGGUGAGAGUCUUAAUUAG